AUGGAGACGAGCGCGGGCCGCGGCGGCGGCGGCGGCGGCCAGGCUGUCAGCGAGCGCGGCGGCGGCGGCGGCGCGUCCGCGGGGGGCUGCAGGAGGCAGGCGGAGGCCGCGGCCGGGACCCUCGCGGCAGACAUGGACUUGCACUGUGACCGCGCCGCCGAGACGCCGCCGGCCGCCGAGCAGCCGUCGGGGAGGAUUAACAAAGCCGCCUUCAAACUGUUCAAGAAGAGGAGAUCGGGUGGCCCCAUGCCCAGCAUUUUUGGGGUCCGAAACAAAGGGGACGGGAAAGGCUCGGGUCCGGCGGGGAUGGUGCGCAGCCGGACGCACGACGGCCUGGCCGAGGUGCUGGUGCUGGAGAGCGGCAGGAAGGAGGAGCCGCGCGGCGGGGGGGGGGACGGCGGCGGCGGCGGCGGCGGCGGCGGCGGCGGCGGCGGGGGGCGGCCGCACCCGGGGCCCCCCAGGCCGGCGGGGCCCGGCGCGGGCUCCCUGGCCGGCAGCGCGGUGGCCAAGUCCCACAGCUUCUUCUCCCUGCUGCGCAAGAACGGGCGGCCGGAGAGCGGCAGGGGCGAGCCGGCCGACGCGAGCAAGGCCGGCGGCAAACAAAAGCGAGGGCUCAAGGGGCUGUUCAGCAGCAUGCGCUGGCACAGGAAGGACAAGCGCGCCAAGGCGGAGGCCAAGGGCGAGCGCGCGGGGGCCCCGGGCGGCCUCAUCCUGCCCGGCUCGCUCACCGCCAGCCUGGAGUGCGUCAAGGAGGAGGCGCCCGCGCCCGCGCCCGCCCGCGCCAGCCCGCCGGAGCAGCCCAGCGGGGACGCGCCGCCGCGGCCAGCAGGCUGCGGAGAUAUUAUUGCAGACCCCGAGGACGAGGCAGGCCCCGGCUGCGCCCAGCAUGUCCCCGGGCCCGGCCAGCCGGGCCCCCCUAGAAAGAACGCCGGCGUGGUGGCCUACCAAGGAGGAGGGGAGGAGAUGGCGAGCCCGGAGGAGCUGGACGACACCUACCUCCAGGAGUUCUGGGACAUGCUGUCCCAGGCCGAGGACCAGGGCCAGGCGGCGCCCCAGGCGCCCCAGGCGGCGGCGGCGGCGGCGGCGACGGCGGGGGCCGGCGGGGACGCCCGGUGCACGGAAGGGGCCAGGGACGCGCCCCCGGGCAAGCACAGGAGGCUCGACCGCGGCGCCCCCGAGCCGCAGCCCCCGCCCCCGCCCCCGGACCAGCCCCCGGACCAGCCCCCGGACCAGCCCCCGGACCAGCCCACGCAGCCGCGCAGGGAGCAGCCCGCGGCCGUCCCCAACGGCGACCAGGGCUGCCGGGAUUCCCCGCCCGGGCCCGAGGAGGACGGCCCGGCCGGCGGCCAGCGGGCCAGCGCCCCCCGGCAGAGCCCCAGCGGGGACGCGCCCCACGACCCCCACGCCGACCCCGCCGCCGGCCCCGCCAGCGACGAGACGUCCGGCCCGGCCCGCCUGAAGCCUGUGUCUCCCGUCACCAUCACCUGCCCGCUGCGAACACCUGGCAGUCUGCCGAAGGACUCCAAGAUCCCCAUCAGCGUCAAGCACCUCGCGGGCCCUCCGUCCAGCCAUCCCGUGGUGCAGCAGCAGCCAGUCCGGAGUGAGAUGCCCAGAACGAAAAUCCCAGUCUCCAAGGUGCUGGUCCGCAGAGUCAGCAGCCGGGCUUUGGCGGGGACCACCCUCCGGGCCGCGGCGUGCCACGACAGUGCCAAAAAGUUGUGAGGUCUCCGAAGCCCAGGUGCAUGGACCACAUGUCAAGGAAUACGACCCCGCCCCCCCGCCCUGGAAACCGCGAACAGAGGUCAUGCUUCCCCUGAAGAGAGGCUUGUAGGGCCAUCCCCGCUCCAGAGCCCAGACCGAGGAGGUCUCGGCCACGCCGAGGGGGCAGGGGCCGGAUACACCAGAGAGGGGGUGCUACACGUGGGAUUCUCCGCUCAAAUAAGCUACCCGAGAAUGAUUUCCAAGCACUUUUAGUUUUUGGCCUUUUAAAAAAAAUCCUUUCUUUUUUUUCCCUUUUUUCCUUUGAUGCACUGAACACCUGGAAGUCACCUUUACUUGCCUUUGCAAAAAACAGGACUUAACCAAACCCAAGUGAGCAUCAUGCCAUGAUGUUUGGCUGUGCCAGCGUCCAGACAGGGCCUGGAGGAACCACUGCCAGCACCAGAGGAGCACCCCCCUUCUUCCAUGACACUUUCCUUCCUUCCUUCUUUUCCUUUUUCUUUCCAGGAAAAAGAGAAAGAGAGAAAGAGAGAGAAAAGAAAAAAGACCUUUUGCUGUAUCACUGUGUGGGAAACACCUACAGAGCUGAAAGAGCCAGGUAUUUUACCUUCUGAUGAGCAGAAGGGAUUGUUCAUUGGCAGAACACUUGCCUACUUUCAGUUGAUGGGUAUGCAAAUAGGUCAAUAAAGGAGCAUUUUGGUUUGGUUGGUGUAGACCAUUUGUUAGGGGAGAAAUAAAAAGCUCAGCAGAGCAGGUUUCUUCUUUUUCUUUUUCUUUCCCACCCAGUGAAGAAAUUAGGAUCAGGGAAAGAUUUCACUAAAAUGCCAAUAGACACAGUAUUCUAGCAUUUAUAAACUGUAACCUUUUCAUGUGUAGAUAAUGCAUAUUUUACAGUUUAUCCAGCUGUUAACAUUUUAUAAUCUGUCAGUAACCUCGGAUUUAAAAUCUGGUUUUAUAACUAGUUAUGAUGACUGUCCACGAACCACUGAUGUUCUUUUAUGUACUGUAACCUAAAGAAAUUCUGUUUCCGUUUUAUAUGGGUUCUCUGGCUCUCAAUGCAGGAGAAAAAAAAAAAAAAAGAAAAAAAAAAAAAGAAAAGGGUCUAUUGUGUUGAUGUCCCAGAGAAAUGGUUCUGUCUUGUCUUGGGUAAGAGACUAUUUACUUCUCACCCCAAUCCUGGUUUUCAGAGAUUUUUUUUUUUUUUACCUUGGUUAUAAAAAUUUUGGAUUCAACCAUUCUACAACAUGGGGAUUUCCAAAUGAGGAACAUAUGGAAAAAA